AUGGGUAUGUCAACGCAAGUAGAUUUGGCACCCUCUUUCAACGUCAUAUCACCACUGCCAAAAAGGUUUUACGGUGUUGCACUCUGCAACAUUAGAUAA